GAGCAGCCUACGACGUCAGGGGGGGAUCUCCCGCAUUCUUUGGCAGCCUGGUGGCGCUGCAGUGCCGCGUCGCAAUUGGGCUGGAGGAAGCGGCCAGGCAGGGUCCCAGCAUGUGGGGCUGGAGCCUUCCGCCCUCCUGGCAACCGAUCCUUGAUCUGGCCAGCCAUCGGUCGCGAGUCUGGGACCAGCACCACCAGCGGGCGCUGCGCAGCCUCAUCCAGAACACCGGUUGGUGCCAGGCGAGGGUGGCAGCGGCGGACAGCUCGCGGUCGGUGCCGUCUAACUGCCAGCUCUGCGGUUUCAAGGACGGCUCGCUUUUCCACAGGCGGUUUCGUUGCGAGGCGCACGAGGCGGACUACUUCGAGAGUUCGACGAGCUGGUACACCUUGGGACCGCACCUCAACGGGCACCGCGUCUUUGUUGAUGGCUCGGGCCUCGACCAAGCCUAUCCGCGCCUGCGCACCGCUGGUUGGGCAGUGGUUGUCUACGACGAGGCCUACAGGCUGGUGGCGGAGGCGUGGGGGGCGGUCCCGAUUGCUGUGGCCCCCGAGCAGCUGGCCAGAGAUGGCGAGGACUACGCGGUGAAGGUCCUCACGUCGCAGGUGGCAGGGGGCAGCUACAGGCUCUACACUGACUGCAUGGCCACAGUGCGUUGCGCUGCCAACCCGUCGGCAGCGGCCGCAGCCAGCGGCCAGCGGGCGCACCUUUGGGUUGGCCAAGCGGAGCAGCUGCAGGACGUAACGGUCGUCAAGAUCAAGGCCCACCAGGGCCCCAAGGCUGUCGUGGACGGCCUAGUCUCGCAGUUCGAGCUGGAUGGCAACGCUCGGGCCGACAGGCGUGCCAAGCAGGGCGCGACGGCGGCCAGGGCGAACCUCAGCGACAUCCUCGUGGUCGAGGGCUGCCUGUCGCUGGCCCGCCUGGCGGCGCGGUUCGCUGCCGCGCACGAGGUGCAGCUGUCGCGUACGAGCACGCUCGACUCCAUGGGAGUGGGGGCGCUGAGGCUCAUCGACCUCGGCGAGUGGCCGCAGUUGCCAGCGGGUUUCGAGGAUGAGGGUGGGGACGUGGAAGGUGAGGCCGCGGCCAGCUCCCAGGCGCCAGGUGGCAGCGCCCCGUCGGAGCCCGACGCCGCGCCUGCUGGACUGCAACCUUGGCGCGUCGCUGGGCACGCGCUGCUCGCC